UCGAAUAUAGAAAUACUGAAUUCAGGUAGUAACAAGCUAAAGCUGUCAGAGAAGUUUUGGUAUUCCGUUAAUUGUGAAUAAAACAACGAUACUAUAAUUUGUGAUGUAUCUAUAAAAACAGUGAACAUAAUUAUAAUUGCAAAUAGUAUUAUUAGAAAAACAGAAGAAUUUGUUGAAUACAUACUAACAUGUCUUCCCUCCAAAAAUCGAUUUUGAAAUCAAAACUACCACCGUCGGGUGUCAAUUUUGGAAUUAGCUCUAGGAUUAAUAAAUCAAAGGGAUUUCAACGUAAGAGAGAUUAUGAUCCAGUUCAAUGGACUCCAUAUUUUGAUCAUUCUCAAGAUGUGAAAAUAGGAGAUGACAUAUUUCAUAUUUAUACUAAGGGUACAGAUGGCCCGACAUUAGUAUUGUUACAUGGGGGUGGUUACAGUGCAUUAACAUGGGCAGAAUUCACUAAAUCAAUUAUGACUAUGAUAAUAUGUAAAGUUAUGGCAAUUGAUCUUAGAGGACAUGGAGAUACUCAAACUUCAAAUGAAGAAGAUUUAUCUGCUGAUACCUUAGCAAAAGAUGUUGCAGAAAUUGUAAAUGCAACAACAAAAAAUAAUCCUGUCAUCCUAGUGGGCCAUAGUAUGGGUGGUGCAGUAGCUGUUAGAGCUGCAUCAUUAAUCACAAAUUUAUGUGGAUUAGGAGUUAUUGAUGUUGUUGAAGGGACAGCCAUGGAUGCAUUAGCAUCUAUGCAAAGCUUUCUAAGAUCAAGACCAUCUAGUUUUAGUUCUAUUUCUCAAGCUGUGGAAUGGUGUGUACGAAGUGGCCAAAUCCGUAACAUACAAUCAGCUAAGGUGUCAGUUCCUGGACAAAUAAGAAACAUCGAAACUAAUAAAUUAGCCACUCAUGAUAUUGAUUUGUUGUCACAAUCAUCAACAUGCCAGUGUAUUUCUGAGACUACAAUCCCACGAGAAGAUAUUAUUCAAGAAGAAGAACCAGUAAAUAUGCCACCACCAUCUACUCCAACCGGUACUACUGCUACUAGAAAAUAUGUUUGGAGAAUAGAUCUAUCAAAGACUGAACAACAUUGGCUUGGAUGGUUUAAGGGUUUGUCAACAGCAUUUUUAAAUGUACCAGUUCCAAAAGUACUAUUACUAGCUGGUGUCGACAGAUUAGACCGAGAACUCACUGUUGGACAAAUGCAAGGUAAAUUUCAAAUGCAAGUAUUACCAGCAUGUGGACAUGCAGUACAUGAAGAUGUUCCAGAUAAAGUAGCAGAAGCAAUUGCUACUUUUAUGGUUAGACAUAAAUUUGCAGAAUCAGCAUCUGAUUUUCCACGAACAUUUCCUGCUUGUUAGGAUUUUAUGAAAAAUAACGGACAUUUGUCAAGUAACAU